AUACCUGAAGAACGUGAGCGUCUCCUACGACAAGGUCUUCGAGAACUUGGAGGGCAAGAGAGACGAACGGCUCAGUGUAGUGGAGUUCCUCCAAGACGGCACCAGGAAGGACGUUGAACUUAAGAUUAUGAACCUCAGAAACGCUGGCUCCCUCUCCACUAGGAAGUGGGAGGAGAUCGGGACCUGGAACUCGUGGGACCCUGAAGGCGUGACCAUAAACGAUAUUGUUUGGCCGGGCCACCAGCACGUUCCUCCUCCAGGUGUACCUGAGAAGUUCCACCUCAAGAUCGUGUUUCUGGAGGAGCCUCCGUACAUCAGCCUCGCCUCUCCAGAUCCGGUUACUGGACAGUGCAACGCCAAUAGAGGGAUUCUGUGUCGCGUCGCUACUGAUGCUAUGAUGGCCAAUGUGAUAAAUCAGACCUUGGCACAGCAAAACAGCACAUACUACCAGUGCUGUUCAGGUUUCUGUAUCGACAUGUUACAGAAGUUCUCAGACGAGCUUGGCUUCUCCUACGAUCUUUUUCGUGUCGAAGACGGCAAGUGGGGGACCCUUGAGUCAGACAAGCGGAACGGAAUGGGGCGCACUUAUUCUACUCAUAAUGGCAACAAGUGGAACGGGCUGGUGGCGGCACUCAUCAACCACAGGGCCGACAUGGCACUCAGCAGUUUCAAGAUCAACUCGGAGAGAGAGAGUGUCAUAGACUUCACAGUGCCAUACUUGGAGUCUGGCAUCGCUAUCGUGGUCGCUAAGAGGACUGGUAUCAUCUCCCCUACUGCUUUCCUCG